UGCGACAACGGGGUGGCAUUAGAAACUUCCCGUCUAAUAAUUCCGCAAGAGGGUCAUUUGCUUCAAUAAUUUGAACAUUGUUCCAUCGAACAACGAGCGCAUCCACCUCUCCGGCGAUCUUUUCGAGGUGAUUUGUAAGAUUUUUGAUUGCAUAAAAUGAGUCAAGUAUUUGAAGGUUACGAACGCCAGUACUGUGAGCUGUCUGCUAAUUUAUCAAAGAAGAUCACGUCAACUACUCUUCUUGAUGGAGAACAGAAGAAACAAAAAGUCUCUGAAAUAAGAGACGGAUUGGAGGAUGCUGUAGCACUGAUUCAUAAAAUGGACCUUGAGGCUAGGAGCUUGCCACCCAGUGUGAAGGGUGCACUUCUUGUCAAGUUGAGAGAAUAUAAAACCGAUCUGAACAAUUUGAAAACUGAAGUGAAGAGAAUCACAUCUUCUAAUGCCAAUCAAGCUGCAAGGGAUGAAUUGUUGGAAUCAGGAAUGGCUGAUACGAUGAUGGCAUCUGCUGAUCAAAGAGGAAGGUUACUCAUGUCUACUGAGAGGUUAAAUCAAUCUAGUGACAGGAUCAGGGAAAGUCGAAGAACAAUGCUGGAAACAGAAGAGCUUGGAGUUUCAAUUCUUCAAGAUUUGCACCAGCAACGUCAGUCUCUUCUACAUGCACAUGGCACACUUCAUGGAGUGGAUGACAACAUCAGUAGGAGCAAGAAAAUUCUUACUAAUAUGUCAAGAAGGAUGAGCAGGAACAAAUGGAUCAUUGGUUCCAUCAUUGCAAUCUUAAUCGUAGCAAUUAUUUUGAUUCUUUACUUCAAGCUCACCCAUUAACUUGUUGGCCUGAAUAUUUGGGAUUCCAUGUGUUGCGUUUCUUGAGAAGAUAAGUGUGAAUGUUUUCAUGUAAUUUGGCAUAUGUACUUCUGCUCAAGUUCAUGGCCUUUCUAUCGGCUUCAUUCUUUGCGUCCUUCAAUUGUAUUUUAUUUUAUUUUUUAUUUUUUCUUUGUUGUGUACUGGUGGUAAAGUCACAUUUCAGUUCUUGUUUUUGUGAUAAUCACGUUUCACUUUGCUUCUGUGGUUGAUGAUUCAA